CAUCUCUUUCCAAAGAUUUCCAGACUCCAAUAUAUUCUAGUGCAUCAACACAUGCUAGUCUGGUAGGGCAAAACUUCUGCUACUUCCUGUUUGUCCUUUGGUUUUUCCGCCUGUCGCCGUUCCUUGGUCUCCGAUCAGCCACCGUUGCUCCUUAUUGUUGAAAAAUGUCGACUCUCAGACUACCCUCAUCUUGCUUUAUCAGAAGUUCACCCCCAAGCAAAGCUACAAGCCCAAGCAGGUCUUGCGCAUUAGUUAAGAGCUCAUGUCCUUUGGGUUCAGUAAAGAAUGUAUCUAAAUCAUUUGGCUUGAAGGCUUCCUCCUUCAGAGUUUCUGCAAUGGCAAACGUGUACAAGGUGAAAUUAAUUGGGCCAAAUGGUGAAGAGAAUGAAAUUGAGGCGCCUGAUGAUACUUACAUCCUCGACGCAGCAGAAAAUGCAGGAGUAGAGCUGCCAUACUCAUGCAGAGCUGGGGCCUGCUCUACUUGUGCCGGGCAGCUGGUUACUGGAUCUGUGGACCAAUCAGAUGGGUCAUUUCUCAACGAGGAGCAAAUGGAAAAGGGUUAUGUGCUUACCUGCGUCUCUUAUCCAACUUCAGAUUGUGUUAUUCACACCCACAAGGAAGGUGAUCUCUAUUGAAUAAUGUAAGCAGCAAACUUGUUUGCUGAUGAUCCAAAUAUGAACUUUUGUCAACCUAGACUGGUAGAAUAUUUUAUGCUGGAUUUCAUUUCUUCUAAAUUGCAUGGUAUUAACUGUUAGUAUUAAGAGUCUGCUGUUGAAUAUCAUCAUAUUCAAUCUCAAGCAGUGUGGAAAGCUUCACUGUUCUUGAUUCAACAUCUGAAUUAUUGAAUGAGAAUAAAAUUUGUUCAAGUCA